AUGCGUGCGGCCAAGGAAAGUGCCUCUUACAUCUCAACAGCAGGUGAUUUGUCGCCUGUUGUUGUAAAUCGUCCACGUGGUGACUCACCACGUGGGACAGGUACAUCCGCUGCGUCUGCAGCGGGUACUGCGAGUCGUAAUCAAAACGAGUCUGAGAUAGGGCUCAUCUAUUCUGGCGAGUCGGAUGAUGCAUCCGACUCGAAGGCGACGCCUCACCCCUCCGGAUCACCCGGGGCGGACACUGGAAGAGCCAGGAUUACUGGCUCUGGUCAACAUGGCGGUAUCAUGUCCAACAUCUUCGGAUCGAGUGAUUAUUAUGACGAAUCUCCGCCUCAUGCAAGUCCAUCUGACACUACGACGCGUGGGAUGAUGGUGGUGCACCCAUACAUCACCACGAGCGAAGUAAUUCGAGGGAUCGGGGGUAACACUGGUGUGAUUGCUCAUGCUCGCACCAAUCAAGAGACCAGGGACCAAAAUGUCCUGCACCACGCUCCCCAAGUGGAGUCUCCUUGUAUGCCAUUAUCCAAGGAAAUAAAUCGGUUGGCCGGUAUGACCACCGAGCGGGAUCGAAUCUUGUUGCUCUAUUGCAGCAAGAUUUGCCCACCUGAUUCCAGCACGGAAACUACACGUGCUGAUGAAGAACUCUUCACCGAUGCGUUUUUUAAACAUCGGUGGUACAAUGACAGCCGUGUUCGAGACGGCAAAGCCUUGGUGCAAGGAUAG